AUUCGGUUCACUGUCAAAGGUGCCAUCAAGUCUUCCGGUAAUUACCUCAUCCUCAUGCACUACAAGCUAAUUGACUUUUUGAAAGCACAAGGAAGAGUGCGCCUGGUAUCAAAUGGUACACCGCUGACCGUUGAUAUCGCCUUCACGUACUGCCCUGCAGUGGAAGGAUGUCGUAUCAAAGUACACAAAUACGGUAUGAGUGGCUUCUCCCUCACGCAAGGAAUGGCGUCUAUUAUGAUUGAGGUUUUACGUGAAAUAAAAGUGGUAUACGUCCUUCUUGUUCCCGACAAAAUGUACUCCCAAGACCUCUUCAAACCUCUCCCUCAGCAUAAGGUCAACACGUUCCUUCAACGAUGCAGCAAAAACCACUUCUACGUGGACCCAAAGAAAACACGUGACUUCGUUUGUCAUGACGCAAUCUUCACCAUGACAACGUGGUUCGUGGGAGCUCCUUUUCAGUGUGACUGUGUUGCUUCUGUAGUGCUGUUGGCUCAGCUUCACGGAUAUGCGAUGUGAAGGGGAAAUGUGAAUGUCUACCGGGUUAUGGUGGAGACAAGUGUGACCGCUGUGAAUCGUUUAGUUACUACGGCUACCCACAAUGCAAAGAAUGUAACUGCAAUAAACAUGGUUCUCUGAGUAGGUUCUGUAGCGGAAGCGRUGGUCAGUGCCAGUGUCGACGAAAUUUUGACGGAAUCAAAUGCGACAAGUGCAGAGUUGGUUAUUUUGACUUCCCGAAGUGUAAGCCGUGUAACUGUAAUCCCGCGGGAAUGCUYAUCCUGCCAGGACAAGAAAACACUUGCGGGAACAUCAACAGUCAAACAUGCAUGUGCAAAGCCAACGUGCAAGGAGUACAGUGCGAGGAAUGCAAAGAUUUGUUUUAUGGCUUGMGUCUAUUCAACCCGUUGGGCUGUGWAUCUUGUGGUUGCAAYACUAAUGGAACMMUUGGUGGCAUUAGAACCUGUAACAAGGUGAAUGGUGACUGUACGUGUAAGGCUCACGUGACUGGGCUUAGCUGUUCGCACUGCAAGAGUGGUUACUACGACUUCCAGUAUUGGGAUCCCUUUGGAUGUAAAAGGUGUGCUUGUAAUCCAGGGGCUUCGUUUGGAUCGCACUGUGAUGCCUACACGGGACAGUGUAUAUGUCUAAACGGUAUCGGAGGAAAGCUCUGUGAUAGAAUUGCUUCAGACAGCGUCUUCUAUCCCGAUCUUCACCACAUCAAGUUUGAGCUCGAAGACGCAAAGAACAUGRGAGAAAGACCUGUGGUGGUCAGGAACGACCCCCUGGCAUUUCCUGGUUAUUCCUGGAAAGGAUACACUGAACUUAACUCUUACCAGUCGCGCAUUCACAUGCUGAUCGAUAUUCCAAGGACAACGAACUACAGCAUGAUUUUUUACUACACCCUGAAACAAGUGCAGUCAGUGGGGAUGCUUGUUAAAUUUGUUCCAACUUCCCAAUCAGGAUAUUUUCCAACAGGACCCGCUUAUCAGCACAAGAUCGGUGCUCKAUUCAAGUCGACUUUAUCUUGGCAGACUACUGCUCCCCAGUUUCUCACCGUCACGGAUAGCCGAGGACUUCCUGUUGAAGUCAUACUGAGUCAAGGAAAAUGGGAUCUAAUUCUUGCCGCCAGUCCAUCUCGUAUACUGUUGGAUUACCUGGUUCUUCUCCCACAAGACUACUACAAGCCAUCAGUUCUCACGAAAAAAGUCUAUAAUCCAUGUGAAGUCAACAGCAAACUGCCAYAUUGUCUACACUAUCGCCACCCCUCCAUGGACGGGAUAGAUUUUGUCACAUUUGAAGCUGAGAGAGCUUUGGUCACUGGUYCAAUAAUCACUUCUGUACGCGCACCGUUCCCUGGAGUCGUGCUCGACGGACUUCGGAAUGUCCUAACCAUAGACCUGCCACCCAACCACCCUCCUGGUCAAUACAUUCUCGUCGCUUCCUACUUCUACGAUGGAUACCCGCGUACAGGGAUUCUUGACAUCACAUGGCGCUCUGGAAGAACGUCAGAAAGUGGAAGAAUGAACAUCUUGAACUGCAAGUACUCGUUUGGUUGUCGACAAGUUGCUCUUGGUAACAGCAAACAAGUUCACUUAUUUAGGAGUAUUCGCAACGGAAAUACUUUCAUUAAAGUCAGCACGACACUGACAAUGGCUUUGGAUUCGAUCACCGCAAUACCUCACGACCAGUGGAACCCAGAUUACCUCUCUGCCGCACCGCAAUGCGUGAAAGCUGGGCCUUCUUGUAUAUCCUCGACUUUUACUAACCCUUCCGAUGGGUUGGUCAUUCAGGCUGAGAAUAACACUGAUGAUAAUGGUCAUGGYAACGUUAGGCCGCCCUAUCUAAUGGACCAUACUGUACGACUGGCUUAUAUUAACCGUGGGCAGAGAACAAUUUACUUGAACGCAAGAGCGAAGCCUGGACGCUACUUUAUCCUGGUGCAUUACUUUCAGCCCCAUUACCUCUCGUUUAAUGGCCGCGUUAUUGUCAGCCACAGUGAUUCGGCUGUUGCUUCUCUCAUUGACUUCCGGUAUUGYCCCCACGUGACCGGAUGUAGAAGUGUCGGUGUAUCGUCUACGAGAGGCACGAUGAAGGAACGGAUAUCUGUUAACCUUGAAUCGGAUCUUUUGUUGACUAUUACCAUUCCUGAUGAUAAGUCAAUAUGGAUCGACUAUAUUCUGUUACUUCCYACUCGGUCCUUCUUCUCAACAAUACUCGACAAUGACCCCGUCGAUAUUUUUCCAGAAUUCCAACAAAAAUGUGCCAGAAACCACUUCCAAAUCAAACCAUCAGCUCCUCRCUUCUGCCUCAGCUCUGUCUUCACUUUGACWUCACGRUUUAACAGAGGGGCGGUAUCUUGURGAUGCGACACGCAGGGYUCRUUGAGUGACGGGUGUCAAUCAUAUGGGGGACAGUGCAGAUGUAAGAAUAACGUGAUUGGUCGUACUUGUAAUUCUUGUAAAACCGGUUAUACUGGAUUCCCUAAUUGUCGAAGAUGACAAUACUCAACAUGAAGCUUAAGAAUGAUACUAGGCUCACGUGAUGAUCAGAUAUGGUAUUAGCCAAUCAGGCACCACUAUGCCAUGGAUCUGCAUAUAAAUGUGUACACAUGUUCACAAGAACAACUUUUUUCCUUGCUUUAUUGCUUUGCUCAUUUUCAGCAUAUAUAUUCCUCUAACAUUUACCACAGUACCAAAUCGAAAUCUCAUUCUAAGAUCGAGCCUGCGGUCUUCAUGGUCAGUUCCGAGUAAGGAAAAGUGCUGACAAUGAGGAAGCAGGCUCUUGGGAUAAAAUUGGUAAAUGGUGUUAGAAAACAUUCUGAUUGGCUAUUUGGCUUGGGAGCUCAACCUAUCAGCAUUAAAUAUUUGUGUACAUAAUAAAACGAGAGAAUCAGGCUCAAUGUACCUUAAUAUAAACCGUUUGUCUGUCCUCUAUAUACACGUUACAUCGUCAGAUUUUCCGUUCGGUUAGAUGUCAGCAGACAUAGAAACUUUCAUGUUAUCUGAAAUGUAUAAUCAUUACGUCAAUUAAUAGGUCUCAUUUGGGUUGCAGUUGAGUUACUUUUUAAGCAUCCACCGUGACAUACAUUCCAUGCAGUUUGACAGGAAGACAUAGAAACAAUCCUCAGAAUGAUAUGUGAAUGGAAAUGGRAARACAUUACACCAAUAAAUGGUUCUCAUUUUGA